AUGAUGACGUCAUCCUUGUUGGCGCAAGAUCUGCACGCGGCACUGCCGGACGGCGGUGAGACAGAGAGGCAGAUCGUGCUUAUUCACGUCGAUAACACUCUGCUGGCAAUGCGCACAAAAAACCGAAUCAACUAUCACAGUGGUGCGGUGAACGGGAGGGACGCCAGCGACUCUGCUACGACUCAGAGGCUAUUUGACCUGCAGCGACGUCUUUUCGCCGGGGCGGUGCCCGUGCCCGGCCGCAUUUCGUCUUCGUCCCCUGUGCACCCCGCUCCGUCGUCGAAAAAUUUUCCUGCUUGCGCCUUCUCCGCCGAAGCACUACCGGAUCCCAUGACGUUUGAUCUACAGGACAACUACGCGACGUACUGCGAGGUGAGUGAGUGGGCGAUUCUGAGCACCUUCGCAGCGGUGUGUCGCAGUCCGAGCACCUCGGCUGUUGUUACCGGGGUUGCCCUCACCGCUUUGAUUGAUAUACUGGAGUUUCCCUGCGCAUUUGUCUCCAUAGAUGGCGUCUACGCGGCGAUCGAGGCCGCCUCCGAAACGCGAGCUGAGGUGCACGAUAACGCUUCGCAUGAGAUGCUGCUCUCCCGCAUCUUUAACGUCUACGCUGCUGCGCUGAAUCACCCUGCAGCGGUGAUGGCUGACGGCGACGUACACGUGCGGGCGCUUGGGCGCAUGAUCAUGCUGGCCACGGACCCCGAGGCAAGUCAACUGCUGAAACGCACUGUGGAGAAGAGCAUGCAGCUCAUUGUAAUGACGCUGUUUCGGCGGCUGCUGUAUCUGCCAGCGGACGAAGCCGCACACGGGGCGUUAGUGGCGGCGGGCGUGAAAGUGCUGGGGUUCAUCAGCCGCCUCAUAAGUGGCGACAUUGCUUGCUUCGACAGCGACGGCUGCGAGGUGGCGUCAACAGUGGCGUUUGGAAGCAGUGAGGGAUCGGCGGGUGCCUCAGCGAGCGGUGGAAACAGUGCCGACAAGGCCUCACCUGUGGAGAACACUAUUGCGCUGAUUCAGCUGGAAGGACUCGCACUCGUGCAGGAUUGUCUGCUGUUGUUGCAGCACUUCCUCAGCAAACCCUUGUGUGCACCACUGCUGGACACGGUGCAGAACCAGCUAUGCCGCGCGCUCUUGAUUGCCGGCGUCGGCACUAAGCGCACCAUAGUACUAGCCCAGGCAUUACGCGCCAUCCACCUCGUCAUCCAGGGCUCUUCGAAGCAUUUGAUUCCGCAGAUAUACAACUUCAUCCGCGUGCUGCACCUUAUCCCGCUGGAGGCCCUCACGAAAGAGCUUGCUGACGCUGGUGCGAGCCAGCAGGGAUCCCCUGCAGACCCUAGUGGCUCUCCGAACACGGGCAGAGGUUCACGCAGCCUCGUCAGCAGCGCUUCCUCCGGCCUUGGCAACUCUGGUAGGCUCUCUGUGCCGCAGCUGCAGCGGAUGCAGGAGCGACGCGACAUCCUUCUCGGCAGCUUGGCCGAGUUUUGCAGCGACCCGCACUUUGGCCGAUUCUGCUUCAUCCACUACGACCUCUCGUGGCGGUACGCCUCGCUGCUGCCACAGCUUUCCCAGGUCUUGGCGGACCAUGCUUACCCCGUCUUUCACGGGGACCCAGAGGAGGCGGCGACGGCAACUUGGAUGCAGCGGCGGGGUGGCAUGGCAAAAGACCGCAAGGCUGCUGUCCAACGGCGCCAGCAGGCUACUGUUGCUGCGGACUAUCGCAGAGACCGACGCCAACUGAGCAUGGCGGCUAGGCGUCUGUCGCGCAGCACCCAACAAACGGCGCUGGAUGGAAUGAUGAACAUGAUGUUCGGCAUAACGCUUCCAGUCAUCGCGGCAGGCGCGUCGUCUUCGAGGCUCAGCGAGCCGGAUGUCACCAUGAGUGCAGGCACCGCCUCGCUGUCCUCCGCUGAGGUGAGCCACCUCCUUCAGCACGCGCAGAAGAUGAAGGAUGUGCUGAACCAGUUUGCAGCUCUCUUCGAGGAAUCCCCGAUAAAGAAAGGCAUCCCGUUCCUACUCGAGCACGCCAUUCGUGUACCUGCCGGCGCAGAGGAGGAAGGCUCCUUGAAGCACUGCACUAAGCUUGUUCUGGCUGAGCCGGCGGGCGGGCGGGAGCUCGGAGAGGCCCUGUACCGUCUCAGCAUCGUGCUGAAUAAGCGCGUGCUUGGCGACUACAUCGGAGAGCAGGGCCGCAACAAUCCAGAGGACGCCGGCGCUGCCGAGGAUGCUACAAAGCCGCCUGCUCUCUUUUCUGUUCGCUUCUUCGAGAGGCAGCUUGACGGAUUCAUUCACCAGUUUGUGUUUCACAACAAGCCGCUGCUGGAGGCGAUUCGAGAGAUGGUGUACCUACUCUGUCUGCCCGGUGAGUCGCAGAAAAUUGACCGAGUGAUGGAGUCGUUUGCGCGGCACUGGUACCAGCAGAAUGUGACCUACCGCGAGGAUGGCACAGUAGUCAAGGACGAGACGAUCAACCCCUUCCACAGCGAGUCCGGUGCCUUUGUCCUUUCCUUUGCCAUUAUUAUGCUCAACACGGACCAGCACUCCGGCAAGGUGGCGCAUCAGAUGACAAAGGAGGACUUUGCAAGAAUGAACCGCGGCAUUGACGACGGCAAGGACAUCCCCGCAGCCUAUCUCGGCAGCGUCUACGAUGAUGUUCGUCAGCACGAAGUGGUGAUGGCCGACAUGAUGGAUCGCGGCUUCGCGAACAACACGACAUGGAGGCUGGAGAUGCAGCCCUGCGUGAGCUUCGUGCACCACGUACUGAGCACGAAGGCGGUGCUCAAGGGGGCGGAGGCGAUGGAGGCGCUAUCAAGCAUAUCGUCUCACGAGCCCAGUACUGCCGCUGCCGCCGCCGCCACGGUAAGUUCGACAGACGCGGCGGCGCGUGCCUGCGACACCAAGAGCGUCGUCCUUCAGACAUUCGACUUGUUUCUUUUUCAGUCUCUCUGGAAACGAAGUUUGCUCGUGUUCGACGGCAUGCUGGAGCUCGCUGUGGACGAGGUGUCACGGUCAAUCGUGGCAACCGGUGCCACAGUUGCUCGCGCCGUCGAAGCGGCACAGCAGCAGCUACCGGCGGAGAUGGCUACUCUGCAAUCGAGCCUGCGCGGUGUCUGCGUGCUGGCGCGUGCUGCCCACGCGCUUGGUUUGCCGGCUGUGGCUGACCAGUGCUUUAUAGGACUUCUGAAGUACGUCGUGUUGGACGACUUGACGAACGCUGAGGAGGAGGUGCGCACCCUUUACCACAGCGUUCCGAAGUUAUUGUGCAUGCGCGAGAUCUUUGCGCUGUUUGUAGACCUCUACAGCAGUCUUGUGGACAGCUGGUUGCCACUGUCGCGCUUGAUACUGGACAUGCGGUUGAUAGGGUUGUUCGUUGAGCCGGCUCAAGAGGUGGGGAGGAGGGGCAAGGCGAAGUUGUGUGGGACUGGUCGUGGCUACUCUGAGGCAGUGGAAGACAGCGCAGCGGAGGGGUCAUUGUCGGCCCCAGCCGAGCCUCCCCACGCGCUGCUGGAGAACACCGGUAUCUGCGCUGAUGUUUUUGCACCACUCAUGGCGGCCUCUGCCACUGAGAGCGCCGACGCGGAGCGGAAAGCGCCGAGUGAGCGUAGUUGGUUCUCUUCUCUGUUCAGAGGCAGUGGGGCGCCACAAGUGUCUGCGGUCCAGUUGUCUGAACUGCGAGAUGCACAAGGGCGAAUAGGCAGCUGCAUCCCCAAUAUGCGAGAGAUGCUGGCGAUCCUGCAGCGGGUGGUAGCUGACUCACAUGCUGGCCAUCAGUUCGUUUACAGCCUCUCUGCCGUUUCUAGCAUCGAGGAGGACGCCGCCGGCGGUGGCAUCAGCGGUGGAAGUCCUGCGCCAGCAGAAGAGGAGGGAAAAAGGGGGAAUGGACACACCAGCGGCCUGGAUGAGGCGUCUGCCUAUGCCGCGUCAUACGAACUUGCUUUCAUCUGUGCUGUUGUGGGUGGUGCCUCCACACCGACGGUGCUUCAACCAGAACACUUUGCUCCACUUACAACCCGCAUUAACGGGCUGCUGCGGGAGGUGGACCUGCAUCUCCACGACUCCCGUGCGAGCGACGGGGUGCGGGCCUACUGGUGCACCCUUGGCAACCGUGUUGUGUGCGCGUCGCUGCAGCUCAUGGCGGUUCACUGGCGCGGCCAGCACGGCGCCGUUGCCAUGGAGCAGCUGUGGGCGUGCUGGAUGCGCGCCACUCCUUCCAUCUUCGCCCUCGUGGUGGCUCAGCCUGUCGCAGCGUUUCUCUACGACCAAGUCGUCGGAGUGGGUGACACUGAGAACAGCGCUGGCACAGGAGAGGGGGAGAGGGAUGCAAUGCAGCCGUGGGCGUGUGGCAGCGAAGUACUUGUUCUCCUUGCACCCUUCGCGGUACACGCCACCGCCGUCUCUGAUGUGGCGGUGCAGCGCCAGAUUGGCUCUCUUCUUCUGCAUGUGGUGCAGCAGCGUCUCUACAGCGUGGCGGACGACACCGAGAGCAUUGUGUCACUUUGUCUGUCGUUCAGUGUGUGGGUACGGCACAGCCGUGCCGCAGGGUCAAACGCGGCUGCCGGUGACACACCAGAGAACAGUGCGACGCCAAACACAACAUCGAAGUGCGGGUCAGCCGCCGCCACAACCCUUCCAAGCGGCGCCAGCGUGUUGGAGGUGCUCACCCUGUGUGGGCGAAACGUGCUCCUGGACAACACGGACGCGGCAGCCGCUGGGGCUGGCGGGAAAAGAGGUGAAUGGUGCAACCUUUGGGUGCUUGUGCUUCGAAGUCUUGGCGCGCUGGUCCUCUGCAGUCCUGACGCACGUGACAGCAGCGAGGCGAUCUUUUGUCUGCAGCGCGCGUUGUUAGACUCGGAAGCCCACAGUCUUCCCUUCUCUGCGGUUGUGGCUGUGUAUGAGGACAUCCUCAUCCCUCUGACAGAGCGUCUGUGCGUACCAAACGCCAGAGUGCAGACUGGCCUGCGGUGGGCCGGCGGGAAUAAGGUGGCUUUGGGCGAAAAGAGCGGAGCCGCCUCGAGUUUCAGCCGAGGGGUCCUUGGCGGCUUCUUCCGCUCACUCCUGUCGCCAGCGUCACCGGAGUGUGGUGAGCACGGUGCACCGACCACUUCUGUGGCCGGCACCUCAGCUACGUCGCGGCAGUCUACACUGUCGACGCUUGUAUUCACUGAAGUGAAGUGUCGAUUGCUGAGUUUGGUGCCUAAAGUAUUGCUACGGUACACUGCCGCGCUGGCGACGCAGCCGGAUUUGCUGGUGUCUUUGUGGAGGCAGGUUCUGGGCACCUUGUAUGCGGUGUACAGUGCUUACCUGGUCAUAGAGGAUGCUGCCAGAGAUGACAUGGGUGGCAGCAUCCCCUCCCAUGAUGAUGCGAUGCUGGUGCAGGAGGCGGUGGAGGAGACGGUGAAGAAUAUGAUCUACGUGGUCGUCUCCACCUGGAACGGAUCGUCGUCGUCGAUAGUGAGUGGUGCCGCUGGUACCGAGCAGAGGCACGCAGAGGCAUUCUGGGUAGCGAUUGUGCAACUCUUGCAGCCUUUCGCGUUCUCGGCACCGCUGAUUGAUUUCAUGGUUCAGGCUGGUCUUGCGCGGAUAGAGGCCGCUGCUGAUGCUGCUACCGCACUGGGGACUGUUGCAUCAGCUGGGUGA